AUGCCGUGUAGUCGGCGCGUGAUUGCUACGCUUCUUCCGUUGACCUAGACAUGGAAAACUAUGAGAAUUUGGGCACAAUCGGCGAAGGCACAUACGGCGUGGUCCUCAAGUGUCGACACAAGGAGACUGGCCAGAUCGUCGCCAUCAAAAAGUUCAAGGAGUCUGACGAAGACGAACAAGUCAAGAAAACGGCGAUGCGCGAAAUCCGAAUCCUCAAACAACUCAAGCACGAGAACAUUGUCAGUUUGAUCGAAGUGUUUCGACGCAAGGGCAAGCUAUACCUCGUAUUUGAGUACGUGGAGAAGACGAUCCUCGAGGAGAUCGAAAAGAACCCCGAAGGUCUCGACCCAACCGUGAUCCGCAGCCUCAUGUGGCAACUCGUCCGCGCGAUUCAAUUCUGCCACCAAAACAACAUCAUCCACCGAGACAUCAAGCCGGAAAACCUCCUCGUGUCCAAGAAUGGCGUGCUAAAGCUGUGCGACUUUGGUUUCGCCCGGACACUGGCGGCCGCGGGGGCCAAGUACACCGACUACGUGUCCACAAGGUGGUACCGGGCCCCGGAGCUGCUCGUGGGGGACGUCUCGUACGGCAAGGCAGUGGACAUUUGGGCCGUGGGGUGCAUGUUUGCCGAGAUCACGACCGGGCUGCCCCUCUUCCCAGGGGACUCAGACAUUGAUCAACUCUACCACAUCAUCAAGUGCUUGGGUCGAAUUACAUCGCGGCAACAAGAGCUGUUUCGGAAAAACUCGUUGUACGUUGGCGUCAAGUUGCCCGAAGUGUCGGACGUGGAAACGCUGGAAGAUCGGUUUCCGCAAUUUGACAAGGUCGCGAUCGACUUUCUCAAACAAACAGUGCAGGAUGAGCCGUUGGACAGAUGGACGUGCGCCGAGCUGCUCCAGCAUCCACUGAUUGCCGAUGGCGCCGACGAGUUUGACCUACAGCUGCGCGAAUGCAUCGCCAAGGAUAUCGUGGACAACAUGGUUAAGCCCACAAGGCGACAAAAGAAACCGACGCCGUUGUCUCGACCGCCGAUGCAACCCCAGCCCACGCCCGGGAAACCCCCUCCAACCUCCACAUCAUCAGUUUCGAAUGAAUACGCCCCAGCACCGAAUAAACACAGCCCCCACAACGGCAUUGCGAUGGCAACCACGGCCAAAUCGUCGAAACAGCAACAACAGUACAGCACAACGACGACCCCCGACACACCCAAGAAACAUCAUCAUCAUGGCGACAAGAGCAGUGGUGGUAAGGGCAACUUGUUUGCACCGAGCAACGGAGGGCAGCGAUUUCUUCCGAAUCUAUGUAUCUCGUCGCCGUUUGGGGACAGUCCGUCCAAUAACGAAGAGCACUUGCCACUCCCGACGUCAUCGCGUCGACUCAAACCCCCCAUGAAACCUGUCGAUCAACAGCAACAGGACGUGGUGAUUUCCGAUGAAAACGCGAAAUUGAUUGACCAUCACAUGGCCACGCGCAUGUCGCUGACGUCCCAUGGCAGCCGUGGUGGCAAUACGUCCACAAACGCGACCACGAAACCACUUCGAAAAUGCACAGUCCCCCCAUCCCCCAAGCGAAUGCUAGCCCCCCCUCUGGAUAAAAAGCCCCUAGCCACGCCACCGAGAACAUCGCAGGCCAAUUCCAGACGAGAUCGGGCGUAUUGACGACCAGUAUGUAAAUGUUACCGGGUGAAAAUAUACAGCGCCAUCAACGACAAAUUAUCUUCCCACGACUGUAGUACG